UCCCACCGGGGAGACGCCCGCCUUCCCACCAUCCGACGGGAGGAGGAGUUUGACGAUGACAGGUGCUCGGGAGAGUACUACAGCGGAGAGGAGUUCUACGAGGACGACAGCAUGUUGUCAGGAGACAGGUAAAGUAACCAACACUCCACCCUUACAACCUCAGAGAAAUACAUGUAUCCUAUAUAUUGUAUAUACUAUACCUCACGAUUAGUUCCCUUCUGCUAAAGCAGGGGUCUCAAACUAGUGGCUUGGGAGCCAGAUGCGGCCCCCGAGCCUAUUAAAAUAGAAUGAAUUAAAAUAUAAAAAGUUCUGCAAAUUAAAGUAGCUAGUUCACCUCCAAUACCCUAUCCUUCCAGGAUGUCCUAUAAGGAAUACCUGGACAGGUACCAGAACAGUGACACGGAGUACGAGACUCCUAGAGGCUACCACCACCCCGACAGUUACUACAACGAUGACGAGCAACCCCUCUACCAAGACGGAAGGAGGUCACCUAAGAGACGGAUGCUUCCUGCCACGCCCCAAGGUAACAUCCCUUCUCUCUAUCCAGCAUGCUUCUGA